CGUUCAGUUGGCGAAGGCGGCUGUGAGCGGUGAUGAGAGAGCCCUGGACAUGUUUAACUGGAGGAAAAGUGACUUUGGAAGUUUCCUGAAAAUGGGAUCUCAAGAGGGACUAUCAUUCUUUGUCAGCCUGAUGGAUGGGACGGUGCACUACGUGGAUGAGAAAGGCAAGACCACGCAGGUGGCUUCCACAGACAGCUCCGUCCAAAUGCUCUUCUACAUCGAGGAAAGGGAGGCCCUGGUCGUGGUCACGCAGAACCUGCUGCUGUCUCUGUAUGUAGUGAGGCCUGAGGGUGAAGCCGAGGAAGUGAUGAAGGUCAAGUUGAGCGGGAAGACGGGUCACCGGGCCGACAUUGCAUUGAUUGAAGGCAGUGUACUUGUGACCGCCAUAGGGGAACCCGUUCUCAGAUUCUGGGAUUUAGAAGGCGGAGAGAAUUACGUGCUGAGUCCAGAGGAGAAGUGUGGUUUCGAAAAAGCUGAGAAUAUAAAUUGUGUUUCUUACUGUAAAGCCAAAGGUCUUUUGGCAGCGGGUACCGAUAAGGGGCGAGUAGCCAUGUGGAGAAAGCUGCCAGGCCCCCAGAGCAGCCGAGUGGCAGAGGGCAAGGACAGGUGGACCCUUCAGACCCCUACUGAGCUCGAAGGCAACAUCACACAGAUAAAGACAGACGUGGUGAUUCUGUCCUUCUUCGUCACGGAAGAGCACGGCUUCUUGCUCCAGGACAGCUUCCCCCGGCCUCCCGCCUACCAGAAUCUUCUGGGGAUCGAAGUGCCUCAUUAUUACUUCAUCAGAAAGCCAGGAGAAGCAGACGGAGAAGACCAGGUGGACUCAGGGUGCCCGUGCGUGGGCAGGAGACCCCUGCGAGACUUCGUCGGGCUAGAGGACUGCGAUAAGCCCACUCGGGAUGCCAUGCUUCACUUCAGCUUCUUCGUUACCAUCGGAGACAUGGAUGAAGCUUUCAAAUCUAUCAAACUCAUCAAAAGCGAGGCGGUCUGGGAGAACAUGGCGCGCAUGUGUGUGAAGACCCAGCGGCUGGACGUCGCCAAGGUGUGCCUGGGAAACAUGGGCCAUGCGCGUGGAGCACGAGCCUUGCGGGAGGCUGAGCAGGAGCCAGAGCUGGAGGCCAGGGUGGCCAUGUUGGCCAUACAGCUGGGCAUGCUGGAGGAUGCCGGGCAGCUGUACAGGAAGUGCGGGCGCUAUGACCUCCUGAACAAGCUGUACCAGGCCUCUGACCAGUGGCAGAAGGCCGUGGAGGUCGCGGAGCUCCACGACCGCAUCCACCUGCGUGCCACCUACUACAACUACGCCAGGCACCUGGAGGCCAGUGCUGACCGCGGCCUGGCCCUCAGCUACUAUGAGAAGUCAGACACCCACCGCUUCGAGGUGCCCAGAAUGCUCUCGGAGGACCUGCAGUCCCUGGAGCUCUACAUCAAUAAGAUGAAGGACAAGACCCUGUGGAGGUGGUGGGCCCAGUACCUGGAGAGCCAGGCAGAGAUGGACGCGGCGCUGCGCUACUACGAGCUGGCACAGGACUAUUUCUCCCUGGUCCGCAUCUACUGCUUCCAGGGCAACAUUCAGAAGGCUGCUGAGAUAGCCAACGAGAGUGGAAACUGGGCAGCGUCCUAUCACCUGGCCCGCCAGUACGAGAGCCAGGAGGAGGUGAGGCAGGCCGUGCACUUCUACUCGCGGGCGCAGGCCUUCAACAACGCCAUCCGCCUGUGCAAGGAGAAUGGCCUGGAUGACCAGCUCAUGAACCUGGCUCUGCUGAGCUCUCCUGAGGACAUGACUGAGGCGGCGCUCUACUACGAGGACAAGGGCGAGCACAUGGACAGGGCGGUCAUGCUCUACCACAAGGCCGGCCACUUCUCCAAGGCCCUGGAGCUGGCCUUCGCCACCCAGCAGUUCGUGGCCCUGCAGCUCAUAGCGGAGGACCUGGAUGAGAGGUCGGACCCCGCCCUCCUGGCCCGCUGUUCAGACUUCUUCACUGAGCACAGCCAGUACGAGAAGGCAGUGGAGCUGCUGCUGGCAGCAAAGAAGUACCACGAAGCCCUGCAGCUUUGCCUGGAGCAGAACAUGACCAUCACUGAGGAGAUGGCCGAGAAGAUGACCGUGUCCAAGGACUCCAAGGACCUGUCAGAAGAGUCUCGGCGCCAGCUGCUGGAGCAGAUCGCCAAUUGCUGCAUGCGCCAGGGCAACUACCAUCUGGCCACCAAGAAGUACACGCAGGCAGGGAACAAGCUGAAGGCCAUGAGAGCGCUACUGAAAUCUGGGGACACGGAGAAAAUCAUGUUCUUUGCGGGCGUCUCAAGGCAAAAGGAAAUCUACAUCAUGGCCGCCAACUACCUGCAGUCCCUGGACUGGCGGAAGGAGCCGGAGAUCAUGAAGAACAUCAUCAGCUUCUACACCAAGGGGAGGGCCCUCGACCUGCUGGCUGGCUUUUACGAUGCCUGUGCCCAGGUGGAGAUCGAUGAGUACCAGAACUACGACAAAGCCCAUGGGGCACUGACAGAGGCCUACAAGUGCCUGUCCAAGGCUAAGGCCAAGAGCCCCCUGGAUCAGGAGACCAAGCUGGCUCAGCUGCAGAGCAAGAUGACACUGGUGAAGCGGUUCAUCCAGGCCCGAAGGACGUACACCGAGGACCCCAAGGAGGCGGUCAGGCAGUGCGGGCUGCUCCUGGAGGAGCCGGAGCUGGAGAGCACCAUCCGUGUCGGGGACGUCUGUGGCUUCCUGGUGCAGCACUACCUGCAGGCCGAGGACUUCCAGAUGGUGAGGCCUUGGCGGGGCUUGGGGAUGACUGGGGGGAGGCCCUGCCGCUGCUACUGGCAGUCCCCACUCUCUCCGCCCCAGGGAGCUGCAAGCUCACGGCGAGGAGGUGCUUCUCCUGUCGCGGUGUUUGACUUUUUAGGCUUUUUUUCUUUUGAAAUGAUUUCAAACUGAGAAGCUACAAGAAUAAUAGAACCUGCAUGUACCCUUUACCAGAUUCAGCAGUUUUCAGCAUUUUGCCACAUUUACUUAUUCUAUAUGUAUGUUUUUAUAUUUCUAUUUGAUAUUUUAUACAUAAAGUGGGUAUUUUUCUGAGUGAUAUGCGAAUUGCAGGCGUCCUUCCCUUCCCCCUCAGUUCACUAACACUUGGUUGGACACCUAGAGGUGGGACGUGGGGUCAUACAGCCAG